UUUUUUUUUGGCUCGGGGUUAGUCUACUAGCUCCGCCAUGGACCGCUUGCAGAGGUUGCGGCCCACUCCCGCCCCAUGCAGCUCUAAGUCGCCGCCCGAGCGGCCGCUGCAGGUGAAAGUGGUGGGGAUCUUCAAAAGCUCCAGCUUUCAGGUUGCGAAGUCUACUGCUGAGAGUCUGAAGAUGAAUUAUCCAUCCAAAUUUGAAGAUCCUAUAAUGGUUCCUCUUCAAGAAUUUGCAUGGUAUCAAUAUCUGCAGGAGAAAAAAAGGGAACUCAGGGAUGAAACAUGGGAAUAUUCUUCCAAUGUGAUGUGUUUUAUUAAUGAUAAAUUCCUCGGUGAUGUAUCUGAUCUGCAGAAAUGGGCCCACAAGGUGUGGGAUAUAGUUGAUAUUAAGCCCCCUGCACUUUAUGAGGCACUUACUGUGGAUUUUUCCACAAAAUUCUUGAGAGACACCAAGCAUGUUUUUGUAUUCUUGGACAUUAAGAUUAAUUUUUAUCCAAUUGGACGGUUGAUUUUUGAGCUAUAUUGUGAUGUAUGUCCCAAAACAUGUAAAAAUUUUCAGUUCCUGUGCACAGGAAGAGCAGGGUUUUCUCAAAGUGGCAUAAGGUUACAUUACAAAGAUUCAAUUAUUCAUCGAGUGGUCCAGAAUGGUUGGAUACAAGGGGGAGACAUAGUAGCUGGAAGAGGAGAUAAUGGAGAGUCUAUUUAUGGACCAACAUUUGAAGAUGAAAAUUUUUCAGUUCCUCAUAAUAGAAGAGGAGUUCUUGGAAUGGUCAACCAAGGCCAUCACACCAAUGGGUCACAAUUCUAUAUCACCCUACAAGCAGCUCCCUAUCUGGAUAAAAAAUAUGUGGCUUUUGGACUGUAAAAGAGAAAUAGUUUCUUAGCCUCCUUUGCUGUCAGAAGUGGCCAUGAGAUAGCAUUCUGGCUGUGGAGGCAGGAGCAGAAUGCCAGGGGUCCAGUCCCCUUCAUCUAGUCUUGACCGCAAACAGGAUGGAGCUGGAGCUGUUGUCUUGUGGCCACAAAGCAAAGACCAAGAGAGUUGCUGAGAUGUCAGCCCCAACCUUCUGAGCUAUGGGACCAAUAUCAGUAACUACCUAUCUACCUCUGAACUUCUUACUAGAUGAAACAAAUAGACCCCUGGUUUCUCUA